UUUUAUUGCCAUGAGUCUGAAGGUCUAUAGUGAACUCCACGUGAAGUCUCCAUGGGAAAAAACGUGGUCUUUGGUCCCCGCCCCCGGAAAUGCGUAACAAGGUCAACACACGCUCUCAGGCAAGAUGGCGGCCUCCUUGUGUCAUUGUUACCAGCACUAUGCCAGGAGGGGUUUGGUAUUGCUCACCACACGCAUGUGUUUGUCCACAUACGACAGCUCUCGUGUGCACAGGAUAUGUGGGUCCCUCACGAGCCUCUCGCAGGCGCGGAGUUACUCGGCAGACAGAGGAGGCCGCAAGGGCUUUUUGGGAGAAUUUCUGGAAAACUUGAAGCAGGAGCUGAACAAAAACAAAGAGAUGAACGAGAACAUCAAGAAGUUCCGGGAGGAGGCCAAGAAACUGGAGGAAUCGGACGCACUUCAACAAGCAAGACAGAAAUAUAAAAACAUCGAGUCUGAAACAGUGAGGACUUCCGAAGUGCUGAAGAAGAAGUUGGGGACGCUGUCAGAGACGGUAAAAGAGGGUUUAGAGGAAGUCGGCCGCUCGGACAUUGGGAAAAAAAUCAUGGAGGGAAUGGAGGAAGCAGCAAAAACGGCCAAGCAGUCAGCAGAGAGUGUUUCUAAGAGCGGAGAGAAGCUGGGAAAGACCGGAGCAUUUCGGGCAAUCUCACAGGGUAUGGAGAGUGUAAAGAAGGAGAUCGGAGAUAUCGGACAUAGCGGCCCGUACAGAGCGCCCACUACGUUACGGAAGAGAAGCGAUUUCUCGUCUAAAGCAGCAGAGACUGAAGCUAAAGUCUUUGAUGCUAAUGAGGAGGCGACAGGCGUCGUGCUUCACAAAGACUCGAAAUGGUACCAGCAGUGGAAGGACUUUAAAGACAACAAUGUCGUUUUCAAUAGAUUCUUCGAGAUGAAGAUGAAGUACGACGAGAGUGACAACGCCUUCAUCAGAGCAUCUCGUGCCGUCACGGAUAAGAUGACCGAUCUUUUAGGCGGCAUGUUCUCCAAAACCGAGAUGUCUGAAGUUCUCACGGAGAUCCUGAAAGCCGACCCGACCUUCGAUAAAGACUCGUUCCUGAAACAAUGUGAGAAGGACAUCAUUCCCAACGUCCUGGAGGCUAUGAUACAAGGAGAGCUUGAAGUCCUUAAGGAUUGGUGCUAUGAAGCUACCUACAGCCAGCUGGCCCAUCCAAUCCAGCAAGCUCAAGCGAUGGCACUGAAGUUCGACUCGAAGAUCCUUGACAUCGACAACGUAGACCUGGCCAUGGGGAAAAUGAUGGAGCAAGGCCCUGUCCUCAUCAUCACCUUCCAGGCUCAGCUGGUGAUGGUGAUCCGUAACACCAAGGGCGAAGUGGUGGAGGGCGACCCGGAGAAAGUCCUCAGGAUGAUGUACGUGUGGGCUUUGUGUCGAGACCAGGAGGAGUUCAACCCCUACGCUGCCUGGAGGCUGCUGGACAUCUCAGCAUCGAGCACGGAGCAGGUCCUCUAAGGAACUUUAAGAGACUCUCACACACAUACACACACACACACACACACACACACACACACACACACAUACAUACACACACUUGUGCACAGCUCAGGAUGAAAGGAAGCGGCCUGCACACACGAUCGACUGUGCGACACUUCCCCUAAAGCAUGACGGUACCACACAGGCCGUGUCGUACCACUGGACCUUCGAGUGACGCCACACGAUCGGACGCACGCGUGGCUCUCUUUCAGCCGAUUGCGUUGCAUUUCUUCUGCAGAUUUGUAUUAACGUCCUCCUUACGCUGUAGGGUCUGUGGCAGAGCUGUGCCAUUUAGAUUAAAUAAUGACUUUAAAGGGAUAAAUUAGCCGGAUAUGCUAACUCGGCUGUCAGUCAGUGGAAGAGCUCAAAAGCCAGCAUUAUUAGCUACAUUAGCAUGUUUCGCCCAGACUAUAUCUUUAACAGCCAAGAUUUCAUUCAUAGAAUCAUUCCCGAAAGUUUCAUUUCGAAUAAACUAUGUGUUCGUA